ACUGCGGAUAGCAGUGCCUUAGCGACUAGAUUAAACCUUAUAACAAAAAGACAGCAGCAGAAACAACAACAACAAAAACAGUUUCAGCAACGCCGCAGAGCUCAGAAGCAGGGUAUGCUUCAAACGGUUACUUUGGCCUCGCGUCGACUUAAUUCUUCUUGCGCCGAGCUCAUCUCAAACCCUUCAGAUUUAUCCCUUGCGCAUCAUCAAUGGCUGUCUCCUAUUUUGCGCCGUCCGCUAAGACAACCACUUUCACAGUCUUCACAGUUGACCUCAGCAUCCUUGGAAGUCGUCCCUGACCACUCACCUCCUGGUUCUAGUGGCAGAGCAAACUGUCGUGCUUCUCAGUCAGUAGCUUUGUCCACUCGACAUGUCACAGGCUGUUCAUCUGCUCUGUGUCGUCAAGGCCAGUCCCCGCGAUCUCCCAAAAAGCCUCAGAGCAGUACUACACUUUUGAAUGACCAGAUGGCAAGCACUUGUCGAAGACUGCGUUCACCCAUCAAGCGAUAUCCGGCCGUAGCUUCUGCUCGCCCCAGCCUUGGACUUACUAAUGGCGUGAUCCGUGGAAUUGAGUCACUUCGCCGCAGACCAGGGCGAUCUCGACCUCAUUUAGGCUCCACCGGUCAUCGAAGAGUUGGUUUUGUUGAGCAAGCAGAUGGCGAGGCCAGUUCUGGCACGGCUAGCAGUUCGGAGGAUGAUGACGUUGAAGAAGAAGAAAUGGAUGAUGAGGUUGAGCUUGUCGAAGACGAGGAGUCUUUGGUCGCUGGAAUGGACAGGGGCUUUGAAGUUGGCACCAGACGGCUGCGCAAUCGUUCCAAUGUUACUCAAGACUCCUCCGUUGUCUGGCUUACCGGCCAUGAGUCUAGUUAG